UGUAUGAAUCCAGUCGACUUUCCCAACUUGCUGCAAAGUUAGUUUGCACGAAGGACGAGCAAUGAACAAUGCACAGAAAACUCCAUUCCUACCUCAUAAAAACGGGCUUAGAGAGUCGUCAUCUUCUUCAGUUUUCUCAUGAACCAAACACCUUCGCUUACAAUACAAUCAUCAGAAUCCAUUCGACUUCUUCCUGCCCUGUUCACGCCCUCACCCUCUUCUCCCGCAUGCGCCGUGCAGGCGUUUCCUUCGAUCAUUUCACUUUCCCUCCCCUUCUCAAGUCCUGUGCUCGUCUGCGCACGGGUCAAGAGCUUCACUCUCUAAUUUUCAAACUUGGGGUUGACUCCCACGUUCACGUACAAAACGCCUUGAUUAAUCUUUACGGUUGUUGCGGCCAUGUCAGUACGGCAAUGAAACUGUUCGAAGAAAUGCUUGAGAGAGACUUGGUGACUUGGUCGAUUCUGACUGGGAGUUUUGUCAACAAUGGAUUAUGGAGAGAAGCUCUGGAACUUUUUCAGGAAAUGCAGCUUCUGGGGAAAGUGAAGCCAGACGAGGUUAUGAUGCUUAGCGUGAUAUCUGCGGUUUCGAACCUGGCGGCAUUGGAAUUGGGCAAGUGGGUCGAAGUUUACAUUUUCAGAAACGGAUUUGAGCUCACUGUUUCUCUGGGUACUGCAUUGAUCGAUAUGUUCUCGAGGUGCGGGUCCGUAGAUCACUCGAUAAAGGUGUUCGAUGAAAUGCCUGAGAGAAAUAUAGCCACAUGGACAGCUUUGAUUAAUGGAUUAGCAGUUCACGGGCAGAGCAGGGAAGCGUUGAGAGUGUUUAAUGAGAUGAAAAAAUCUGGUUUCCGGCCUGAUCACAUGACGUUUAAUGCAGUGUUGGUGGCUUGUAGUCAUGGUGGUCUUAUUGAUGAGGGAUUGGAAAUUUUCAAAAGCAUGAAGCUCGAGUAUGGUAUUGAGCCGAGGCUUGAACAAUAUGGUUGCAUGGUUGAUCUUCUCGGCCGGGCAGGAUUGAUCCAGGAGGCAUUAAAUUUUGUUGAGAGGAUGCCUAUUCGGCCAAAUGUAAUUGUUUGGAGGACUCUGCUUGGAGCAUGUGUGAACUAUAACCGUCUUGACUCGGCCGAGAAAGUUAAAGAAAGAAUCAAUGAGGUAGACCCUCAUCACGAUGGCGAUCAAGUGCUCUUAUCGAAUGCGUAUGGCGUAGUUGGUCGAUGGUUUGAGAAAGCAGGGGUGAGAAAUUCAAUGAAGGAGAGGAGAAUAAACAAGAAACCAGGGUGUAGUUUGCUUAUUGUUGAUGAGAUUGUUCAUGAGUUUGUAUCGGGAGAUGAUUCGCAGGAUCACGAACUGAAGCCAGUUAAAGAGUUCAUAGUUUCGACUAUCGACAGUCUUAGAGUUGCAGGGUAUACUCCCUCCGUAACUAAUGUGUUACACGACAUCGAAGAGGAAGAGAAGGAGUAUAAUCUCGGCUUUCAUAGUGAAAAACUGGCCGUCGGUUUUUCUCUUUUCUACUUUAAGGAGAGAAGAACGAUAAGAAUCAUGAACAAUCUCCGGAUUUGUCAUGAUUGUCAUCGUUUCAUGAAGCACGUUUCUAGUAAGUUUUGCGUUGAGAUUGUCGUCCGGGAUCGAAAUCGGUUUCAUCACUUUAUCGAGGGAAAUUGUUCUUGUAAAGAUUAUUGGUGAUAAAUUUAUGCUCUUCGGAUUUUAAGAUAAUUUUCUUUAGAGAAAAAAAAAGAGAAUCACGAAGUAUUUUAAGAUUUCAUGCAAUAAAUCAAUGUGUAAUUUAUUUUAGAAAUUAUGAAAAGAAACUUUAAAGUAUAUA